AUGUGGAUUUUAUGGCUCUAUUGAAUUGGAAUGGGGGUCUUUACAACUCUCUUCGGCUUUGUUCCUCUCUAUUGAGCAAAUUCAAAAAAGAACAUCAAUAUUCUAUCCUUGUUCGGUGCAGGUAUGCUGGUAGGAGCCGCGUUCAUCAUUAUGAUACCAGAAGCUACAGUCACUAUAUUUGAAUCCUAUUCUUCUGAAGUGUAUCGAAAUGGAGAGAAAUUCCAAGGGAUAAACAGCGAAGCCCUAGAAACUCUCGGGCUGGUCAUUGGAGUUUCAGUCACCUCAGGAUUCCUCCUAAUGCUCUUUAUUGACAAAUUAUUUAUUGGUGAGCAUCAUGAUGAUGAAGGAGACCAACUUGGCAAUGAAGACAUUAUGCUUGAAGAGAUUGAUAGAAGAAAUCAAUCUCAAGAAAUCCACGAAGACCAGGAAGAGAGUGUCAGUUUAAAGCACGGGAGCUCUCUUAGUGAAACUUCUGGCUAUAAAUAUGAUACUUUUAGCAAGGAUUCCUUGAAAAAUGCAGAAGAGAUGAAGAAAUCUGUAUUUGUGACAUUCCUAGGUAUCGUUAUCCAUUCUAUAACUGAUGGAAUAUCCUUUGGAGCAGUCAACUUCGCUGGAAAUUCAAGGGAUGGAAGAGUUUUUCAGAUGAUUAUUUUUAUCGCAAUGGAGUGACAUAAAAUUCCUGCAGCAAUAGGGCUUGCCUCUUUUAUGAUAAGCCAAAAGAUCAAACAUAGAGAAUUAAUCAAGUAUCUGAUAACAUUCGCUUUUUCUGCACCGAUUGCAGCAUUAAUAACCUGUUAUACUCUUUGAGAAAUUAAAAGCAGGUUUUCUAACACAAAUGGAAUUAUGAAAAUGGUUGGCAUUUGCUUAUUCGUUUCAGCUGGUUCUUUUAUUUAUGUUGCCUUGAUGCAUAUUGUUCCUGAAGUAUUCUCAAGAGUAAAUAAGCACAGUAAGAAUAAGAAUAAUCGCCACAAAAUUAGAAAUAUCAACCAAAUCAUACUUAUGGCCAUCGGAUGAUGUACUCCUUUUGUUGUUCAUUUACUUGAAUAA